CAUGACCCUUGUGAAACCUACUACUCCACAUAGCAGCAGCGGCAUCUUUCCUGUUUUGAAUUCACUGGAGAUCAGUUACGCAAGGAGACUGAAAGAGAUUUUUCAUGGUGAGCUGCCAACGGGGUCUCUCAAGGAAAUACGAAGUUUGAAAAUAGAAUUCUGCUCCUCCUUGGAAGGGAUUUUUGCCUUUGAAGAUGAUGAAGAGAUGUUCAACUUCCAAAGUCUGACAGAAUUGACUCUCUCAACACUACCAAGCUUCACGGGGAUAAGCAAAUAUAUCUCUAACGGGUCGGAAUGGCUACUAGAAGACAUAAGCCCAGAACAAUCUGACAUCAUCAUACAACCUCUGUUCGAUACCAAGGUUCAUUUCCCAGUCUUGACAAAAGUAUACAUUAUCUCCUUGAACCUAAAAGAGAUAUGGAACAGCCAACUUUCUGCAGAAUCCUUCUGUGAACUAAAAUAUCUAGGGGUGACCGGAUGUCACAAACUAUUGCGUUUGGUACCAACACAUAUGCAAAAUAGAUUGCAGAAAUUGGAGUGCAUAUACACAUCGUACUGUUCUUCUCUGGAAGAGAUUUUUGAAUUUAGAAGAUUGACUGUCGAUGAUGAAGGGGAUGCUGCUGCUUUAACAAUUUCUGAGUCAAGGAAUCAAUCUCGUCAAGCAUUUCAGAAUCUUAGAGAGAUAUCAAUUUUUUCUUGUGAAAGUUUGAGAACUCUGCUCUCUCCCUCAAUUGCCAGAGGUCUUGUGAAGCUCCAAAGACUAAAGAUAAAAGACUGCGAGAAGAUUGAAGAAAUAGUAGCAGCAGCAGAGGGUGAAGAAACAGAGGAUGACAACUUGUUCCCUCAGCUAUGUACUUUGACUCUUGAGGAUCUACCAAAUCUCUCAAGCUUUUCGCAAGGCAGAUAUAAUUUCAAAUGGCCACUAGUGAAAGACAUAAAAGUCCUCAAAUGCUACAAUAUGAAGAGGUUUUGUUUAGGAUCCCUCAGCACACCAAAGGAAGUGAAAAUAGAUGUCCAAGGUGCCAGUAAGAGUGUUUUGCAGGUGCUCAAUAACAGUAGAAACAGAAUCUGAUCGAUCAGAUGGAUUGGAAACAGAUUGUGCAUUUCUGUUCGUGGGGGAGAGAGUAAAUCCAGGAUUGGGAUGUUGUUGUUUAUGUCUGCAAAGUUCCCUGCUCGAUUGGACUUUAGCCUGAGGUGAGGACCAACGACGACAA